CCAAAUAUAGUCUGGAGCCACUGACUGGGGUAAUAAAGUCUCCUGGGCAGGGGGCAGGGAGCAGCAGACAGAAGCUGCUGGCCGAGGUGGACUCCAGAGCUGGGAGCAGCGUCCUAGGAGGAGGUGUCCCUGUGGAGAACGGAGACUGUGAGAUGGCAGAGGCCGAAGCAGCACAGCUGAAGGAGGAAGGGAACCGGCAUUUCCAGCUCCAGGACUACAAGGCAGCAACCAAGAGCUACAGCCAGGCCCUGAAGCUGACCAAGGACAAGGCCCUGCUGGCCACGCUCUACCGGAACCGGGCAGCCUGUGCCUUGAAAAUGGAGAGCUAUGCCCAGGCAGCUUCAGAUGCCUCGAGAGCCAUCGACAUCAACUCAGCAGACAUCAAGGCUCUGUAUCGGCGCUGCCAGGCACUUGAGCACCUGGGCAAGUUGGACCAGGCCUUCAAGGACGUGCAGCGCUGUGCCACCCUGGAACCUCGCAACCAAAACUUCCAGGAGACGCUGAGGAGGCUCAACACCAGCAUCCAGGAGAAGCUCCGUGUGCAGUUCUCCACGGACUCCAGGGUACAGAAGAUGUUUGAGAUUCUCCUGGAUGAAAACAGUGAGGCUGACAAGCUGGAAAAGGCUGCCAACAACCUCAUCGUCCUGGGCCGUGAGGAAGCGGGAGCUGAGAGGAUCUUCCAGAGCAACGGAGUGGCCCUGCUGCUGCAGCUUUUGGAGACUCAGCGGCCUGAGCUGAUCCUGGCUGCUGUGCGGACCCUGUCGGGCAUUUGCACUGGCCACCGAGCUAGGGCCACGGUGAUCCUGCAGGCAGUCCGCAUUGACCGAAUCUGUAGCCUCAUGGCCAUGGAGAGUGAGGAGAUGUCUCUGGCCGUCUGCAACCUGCUCCAGGCCAUCAUUGACUCCCUGUCUGGAGAGGACAAGCGGGUGCAUCGGGGGAAGGAAGAGGCCCUGGUUCUAGACACCAAGAAGGACUUGAAGCAGAUCACCAGCCACCUGCUCGACAUGCUGGUCAGUAAGAAGGUGUCUGGCCAGGGCAGGGACCAGGCACUGAACCUGCUCAACAAGAAUGUCCCCAGGAAGGACCUCUCCAUCCACGACAACUCACGCACCAUCUAUGUGGUGGAUAAUGGCCUGAGGAAAAUCCUGAAGGUGGCGGGCCAGGUUCCAGACCUGCCCUCCUGCCUGCCCCUGACUGACAACACGCGCAUGCUCGCUUCCAUCCUCAUCAGCAAACUGUACGACGACCUGCGCUGCGACCCGGAGCGCGAGCACUUCCGCCGGAUCUGUGAAGAGUACCUCACGGGCAAGUUUGACCCCCAAGACAUGGACAAGAAUGUGAAUGCCAUCCAAACAGUGUCAGGCAUCCUGCAGGGGCCCUUUGACCUGGGCAAUCAGCUGCUGGGCCUGAAAGGUGUGAUGGAAAUGAUGGUGGCGCUGUGUGGCUCCGAGCGAGAGGCCGAUCAGCUGGUGGCUGUGGAGGCGCUCAUCCAUGCCUCCACCAAGCUCAGCCGGGCCACCUUCAUCAUCACCAAUGGUGUGUCAUUGCUCAAACAGAUCUACAAGACCACCAAAAACGAGAAGAUCAAGAUCCGCACACUGGUGGGGCUCUGUAAACUCGGCUCUGCUGGUGGCACGGACUACGGCCUCAGGCAGUUUGCUGAAGGGUCAACUGAGAAGCUGGCCAAGCAAUGUCGCAAGUGGCUGUGCAAUGUGGCCAUAGACACCCGGACACGCCGCUGGGCAGUGGAGGGCCUGGCCUACCUCACGCUGGACGCCGACGUGAAGGAUGACUUUGUACAGGACAUCCCUGCUCUGCAGGCUAUGUUUGAACUGGCCAAGGCAAGGACCAGUGACAAGACCAUCCUGUACUCAGUGGCCACCACCCUGGUGAAUUGCACAAACAGCUAUGAUGUUAAGGAGGUCAUUCCUGAGCUGGUGCAGCUGGCCAAGUUCUCCAAGCAGCAUGUGCCGGAGGAGCACCCUAAGGACAAGAAGGACUUCGUCGACAUACGGGUGAAGAGGCUCUUGAAGGCAGGUGUUAUCUCUGCAUUGGCCUGCAUGGUGAAGGCAGACAGUGCUAUCCUCACUGACCAGACAAAGGAACUAUUGGCCAGGGUGUUUCUGGCUCUGUGUGACAACCCCAAGGACCGGGGCACCAUCGUAGCUCAAGGUGGUGGCAAGGCCUUGAUCCCCCUGGCUCUGGAGGGCACAGACGUGGGCAAGGUGAAGGCCGCUCAUGCUCUUGCCAAGAUUGCCGCUGUCUCCAAUCCGGACAUCGCCUUCCCUGGAGAGCGGGUGUAUGAGGUGGUGCGUCCCCUCGUGAGUCUCCUGGACACCCAGAGGGAUGGGCUCCAGAACUACGAGGCUCUCCUAGGCCUCACCAACCUGUCUGGACGCAGUGAAAAACUCAGGCAGAAGAUCUUCAAAGAGAAGGCCUUGCCAGACAUCGAGAACUACAUGUUUGAGAAUCAUGACCAGCUGCGGCAGGCAGCCACUGAAUGUAUGUGCAACAUGGUGGUCAACAAGGAGGUUCAGGAGAGGUUCGUGGCUGAUGGAAAUGACAGGCUGAAGCUGGUGGUGUUGCUCUGUGGGGAGGAUGAUGAGAAGCUGCAGAAUGCAGCUGCCGGGGCCCUGGCCAUGCUGACAGCGGCGCAGAAGAAACUGUGCAUCAAGAUGACACAAGUGACAUCCCAGUGGUUGGAGAUUCUACAGAGGCUCUGCCUGCACGACCAGCUCUCAGUGCAACACCGAGGCCUGGUCAUCGCUUACAAUCUGCUGUCAGCUGAUGCUGAGCUGGCCAAGAAGCUGGUGGAGAGCGAGCUGCUGGAGAUUCUGACUGUGGUGGGCAAGCAGGAGCCAGAUGAGAAGAAGGCGGCCGUGGUUCAGACAGCCCGGGAAUGCCUGAUCAAGUGUAUGGACUACGGCUUCAUCAAGCCGGUGUCAUAGAUGCGGAGCUCCUGGUGCAGUUGUGCGCUGUGAGGAGCCCUGAGCGGAGCUCUCCCCAGCUGUCCGUUCAUGUGAGGAUGACAGCAGCGACAAUGAAGUCUCACUGCGGAGGAAAGACUUGAUUGUGUCCCCUGAGUUGUGGUCAUCCCCUUGGUCCUGGGAACGUUUGGGAGACCUCGCACUCCCUGCCUCCCACCAUUUGUCAUGUUCUAAAAAUUCUUAGAAUAACUGUCAUCUGUGAUUAGGAGACAGGAUGGACAAUUUUGUCUGUCCUUAUUCUGAUGGCCAAAA